AUGCAACGUCGCGGUCGUCAUCGUAAAUCGGAUGCAGCGAUAGAUGCAGCCAUCUUUUCGAUGCUCCUCUCCGGAAGGCAUCUGACGGCAAUGACCGUCCAUCGUGAACUCCUCAAGAAUCCACGCUACAAUCUCAGUGAACGAACGGUACGACGCAGGAUGAACGAGUUCUUGGAAUUUCAGCGUUCACGAAACACUUUAUCAUCUUCGUUCAAUGCCGAUCAUUCGUUGUUGACUGACAAUGAUAGUAUGCAUUUUAAGGUUAUUUUACGAGUCAUUUAUCAAACUUUACUGCAUGCACCUAUUUCAUAUCAUUUUUUUUAA